UAAUUUUUAUUAGACUCAUAACUAUCUCAAAUAAAUAAAUAAAUGACGUAACGAAAUGGGUGGUCACCUUCGGCCGGUUGUCAAGCCAACCCAGAAUGGAAGCGGAUAUGACGUAUCGACACUAAAGAUGGCGUCAGAUUCAAACGGCUGCUGGACUAAUGUCGCUGUGGAGUUUUACUCGGGCGAUGCGAUGUUUAACGUUAACUCGAUAGAUUUAUGAACGGAGGUUGGCUUGGCGGGUUGUCGAGGCAACGCCAGGUAAGCGAACUGGGCGUGCGCCGUAACCACAGCAACGCGGCGAUGCAGACGGAGGCGGCGGAGCGCAGGAGACGACGGCCGCCUGGGGGGAGCAGGCGCAGAGCCUCCUCCAGGAGGCCCGAGGAGGAGACCGACAGGUUAAAAGACAUCAUCGGGAAACAGAAAGAACAGCAGACGGGAAGUGGGGAGGAAGAUGAGGAGAGAGAGAAGGAACAAGGGAGGAGGGAAGGAAGAGAGGGAGGAGGACAGAGGGGCCCGAGGAGAGAGAGGAGCAAGAGGGCGGAGUCAGGAGGUGAAGAAGACAACCGGUCUGGGGGGAGGAGGUGGAGAGUCCAUCAGCUGGAGAGAGAAAGACUGGAGCUGACGUCCUGCCACAACCAGGAGGUGUGCCAGCUGCAGGCCCAGCUGACCUGUCUCAGGUCCCUGGUGGAGCGAGGAGAAGCUCAGCGGGUGGAGCUUGAGUAUCAGCUGACGCUGAGCCAGCGAGACUCCGCCCGAGCCUCCGAGCUCACCGAGCGAGCAGCAGAGCUCCAGCGGGAGGUCCAAGAGGUGAGGAAAACUCUGGAGAUCACGCGGCGGAGCAGAGACGAGGACCAGCAUGCUUUGCAGCAGGAGGUGGAGGAGCAUGACACACUGAUCCAAAGCUUCAGCUCGGAGAACCAACGACUGCAUCGACUACUGCAGGUCACACACACACACACACACACACACACACACACACACACACAGUCACACACAGUCACGAUUUAUUUUGUAUCUUCGAUAAAAAUCUCUCCCCUCCAGGAUCAAGAGGAGGUUCUUAAGGAGUCGGAGAGGAGGAUGGUGGAGCUGCAGAAGGAGAAGGACGAGGAGGCCGAGGUGAACAGACGACUCUCCGGCGAGCUGAAAUACCUGGCAGAGAGAGAGGAGAGGAGCAGGAGGGAGAAGGAGGUGAUGGAUCAGCGGGUGAAGUCUCUGGAGGCGAGUGUGGAGGCGGAGCGAGCAGCUCACCUGGAGUCCAAGUUCAACUCGGAGAUCGUCCAGCUAAGGGGGCGGGACUUGGAGGCGGCGCUGGCGGCGGAGCGGUCCGGCCAGCAGGAGGCGCAGCGCGGGCUGGAGUCCCUGAGGGCUCAGCUCGGGGAGAAGGAGGCGGCGUUGGGCCGCGAGAGGGAGCGGAGCGGCGGGGCGGAGCGCGGCCUGCAGCGGCUGCAGAAGGAGUACGAGCGGUGCAAGUCUGACCUGAGCGUUGCCUUGGAGACGGAGAGGAGGUCGACCUCUGACCUCACAGAGCGGCUAGAGGAGGAGAAGAGACAGCACAACCACACACACACACUGCUGCAGCAGGAAGCUGAGAGACGCAGAGACGCAGAGGAACGUUUGAAAAGCUUGAGAGACGCGCUGCAACAACACAACUCCACAGGCACCGGCCCUCCUGCAAUGCAUGAUGGGAGCCGUGGCCCCCCUGCAGACCUGGCCCAGCUGCUGGAGGCCACGCUGCAGGGACAGCGGCUCAGACUGGAGGGGGCGGAGCAACAGGUCCAGGAUCUGCGGCUGGAGAACCAGACCCUCCAACGGCUGACCUCGGAUCAGAGCCGACGGCUGGAGGAGUCUCAGCAGGCCUCCCUCACUCUGGAGGAGGAGGUGACACGCCUUCGCACCGAGAGCUCUGAUUGGUCCAUGCUGAGCAGAGGUCUGCAGGCCCAGCUGGAGAGAGAGAGGGAGAAGGAGAGGGAGAGGGGGGAGAAGGAGAGGGAGAGGGAGGAGAACCAGAGGGAGAAGGAGAGAGAGAGGGAGGAGACAACGUCAGAGAUCCAGAAGAUAACUGAUUACUACCAGAAAGAGUCAAAGGCCCAUCUCUCCUUCCUCCACCUCCUCUACCAGCACCUCCUGGCCGGCUGUGUCCUCCUGGAUCAGCCCCAUAGCAUGCUGGGAGAUUUCACCUGGGAGGAGCUGUGUGAGGUCGUCACGGAGCAGGUGGACCAGCUGACCUCUGACCUCCGCAGGGCCGACACCAAGAUCGCCCAGCUGCAGAGCGUGUGCGACCAGAAGAGUGUGUGUGUGCGUGAGCUGCAGCGCAGUCAGGAGGGUGUGUUGUCCCGUCUGGAGGAGAGCACGAGGAGCCAGGAGGAGGCGUGGAGCCGCCGACACACACACCUGCAGGAGGAGCUGCAGCUGUGUCGCUCCCAGUGCGACUCCCUCCGCGGCCGCGCCUCCUCCCUGGAGCGCCGCGUCUCCUCGCUGACCUCCGACGUGUCGCGUGGCCGCGGGGAGUCGGCCUCCUUCCUAGCGGCGUGCGCCCUGCUGGGCGGCGCGCUGGCUCACGCACGCCGCCGCCUCCGGGCGCUCGGACAGCAGAAGGCGCUGCUGUGCAGGCGACUGGCGGAGAGGGAGGUGCUGGAGGAGGAGGUGAGGAGGCUGGCCCAAGCUCUUGGAGGCGAGGAGGAGCAGGAUGAGGAGGAGGAGGAGGGGAGGAGGAGGAGGAGGAGGAGGGCGGCGGCGGGGCGGUGGAGGAGGGCCGUGUGCGCGGUGCUGGCGGCGGGGAGGUGCAGCGCACUGGGUCGACGCACCGCGGUGCUCUUCAGGCUCGAGGCGGGCGAGUGCGUCACCAUGGCAACAGGGAAGGGUCGAGAGGCAGAACGCUCAGGUAAAGACGAGGUCGGAGGUCGUGAGGGGGCGUGUGCUCGCUGGCUGCGCUCUAAAAGCCUCUCCUCCCUCAUUCUGUCCUCCAUGUGCGACCUGCAGGGGGCGCUGACACACACUGGCUCCGCCCCUCCGGACUUGAUGACAGCCGCUCGCUCCGCGUUGUCCCGCCUCCUGGAGGGCCUUCCCGACCAACCGGAUGCAGCGGCGUCCGAGGACUCGCUGAUUGGUCGGCUGAGGGUCGGACUCAUCGGACGGACGCCUCCUCGGCCAAAUACAAAGGCCCUAGUGUCCACCCUCCAGCAGCACUUCCUGCUCUUCAGCCAACGGCUGCACUCAGCCGAGGUGGAGAGGCGGAGCCUGAGGUUGGAGGUGGCCAAUCUGAAGAGAGGACGGCGGCAGGAGAAAGAGCUCACCUGCAGGACGGUCCCGGUGAAGCGGUUCCACAGUGUGUGUGUGGAGCUCCGUCAGGCGCUGAGCAGGGAGCAGGAGGCCCAGGCUCUCAUCCAGGAGCAGACGGAGAAGCUCCACGAGCUGCAGCUCCGAGUGGACGCGCACAGCGACACACAGCGCACACUGAGCCUCACCUGUCAGUCUCUGACGGAGGCUCGGAAGGAGGUGAGUCGGAAGGAGCGCUCGCUGAGGAUUCUGGGUAAGCACCUGUUGGGGGUUCAGAGGGAGAGGAGGCAGCUGGAGGACGAGCUGAGCAACGUCGCCAGACGCAGAGAGUACCUGAUCGGCAGCAUGGCGGCCGCAGAGACGACCUACAGCGAGGUCAGAGACAGUCUCCUCCAAUCACGUCGCUCGCCGUCGGCCCCGCCCCGCCCCCCGCCGUUACCCAUGGAACACCUGGACUCCAGCGGAGCGGAGAGCAUCAUGGGAGCUCCCGAGGUGGCGGCGUGCCGCAGUCUGCUCUCCUCCGCCGCUCAGCUCUAUCACACCUGCAGCUCCAGGAUCGACUGGCUGCAGCAGGAAGUCUCCACCUACCGGGGUCACGUGACCGCGCUGCGCGGCGAGCUGCAGGACGUGUGUCUCCGUGACAACCUCGCCUACGUCCCCGUGGCUGAAUUUCCUGAAAGCUUUCCAUUCGCUGACGUCGGAGUCCCUCAACGCAUCCCCGUCUCUGAUUUGUCGAAGGGUCUGCCUGUUGGCUUAAGCCCCGCCCCACCAGGGCAAAGCCCGGCUCCGCCCCUCUCAGAACCCAAAAUGAGGGAAAGGAAAGCCACGAAGAAGAGUCAGAGGAGGCAGGAAGGAGAUGUAGGAGUUCCACAUGUCUGCUGAUCAGUGUGUGUCUGUGUGUGUGUGUGUGUGUGUGUGUGACUCACCAGCGGCUGGUUUCACCUCCACUGAAAUCUUUGUGCUGUUGUUGUGUUGUUUCAAAUAAAGCGUCUUGUUCCACAUACUUGCUGUCUUAAUACAAUAAUAUUGAUAACAACAACGUUUAAUAACGUGUGUACAUUGUGUUUUACUUCACACAUAACACUCACAUAACUGUGUGAUAUCACUCACUCUUGGUUCCCGGGUGUUGCCAUGGUUACCGGUGUUCAGGUGAAGU